CAAACAGAAAUAGGCGGUAUGGAACUUCUCCAUGAAGAGUAACGGAGUCCAUUGGUUUUAACAAAACAUAAUUAUUUAUUUUCAAGUGUACUAUCUUACAAUAAUUAUAUUUCUCCUUAUUGACUGAAUAAAUUUAUUGCGUUAUGCGACAUCAUAUUUUACCUUUUUUCUUUAUUUUAAUACUUGUUUUAUGUUCUGUUGAGGCUGGUAAUGAAAGUGCGAAUAAUGAACCUGGUUCAAUCGCAAAUAUAAAAUAUCAAUCAGCAACAAAUACUAAUGCAGUUGGAUAUUCAAGUACUACAGACAAUGUACCUCGUUUUAAUCGACAAUUAGAUUCUGAUGUAGAAUCACGAUUUCAUAUUUCUCCAAAUACUAUUAUUCGUACCAGCGAAUCCAGAGUUUUAGGUGCCAGGUAUAUAAAUGAAACUGUUCUUCCAUCAAAUCACGAUUGUUUGACUUGGUGUUUGGAAACGCCCAAUUGCAAUUUAGCUGUAUACGAGGAAAAGGAUGCCCAAAGUUGUUAUAUGUUCAACUGUGGCGGCCCUUCAGAAUCACUAUGCAAAUUUACUUCCCAUUCUUUCUUCAUCAGCUCUGUUUUAAAAAUUACCCAGCAUUCUUAUGACUUGAGUCAAUGGGGAAAUCAAGUGAAACACGAGCAGGAAUUAGCUAAAUUACGCAGUGAGGAGAUUAGUUCAUCAACAACUGCUGCUCCAAAAAGCGUGUUAUUAUCAUCUGUAGCACCUCAAAAUUUAAAAAUGGCACCAAAUCCAGCAAAUUUGUGUCAUCAUUAUCAAUUUAAAUGCCUGAACAGCAGUGAAUGUAUUGCCAUUUACAAUGUCUGUGAUGGAAUACCACAGUGCCCUGAUGGCAGUGAUGAAAGUAUUGAAUUGAAAUGUCAUGAAAAAGAAAACAAAGUUGCUCCACAAAUUAAAGAAAAACCGCCUGCAAACAGACAGCUUGAGUUGAAACCCCCUUUGCCUCAAAACAGGGAUCCAAAUUCAAAUCUUAGAACAAAAAUCACGCAAGCUUCUGGGAUUCGAAAAAAUCCUGACAUCAAUCGUAUGCCUCCUGUACAUUCGAACUCAAAGUCACCAGAUGACAGAGAAAAUUCCAGACAUGCUCUAGAAACUAAAAAUAUCUGGCCCAAUAAACCUCCCUCAAAUCAAGCUACCAGAAAAGAUUAUUAUCAUCGCACUGAAGACAGGACAAAUGGAGAUUCUGAUGGACUUGGAUCACCAUUUGUUCACAAGCAUAGUCAGUUUGUAGCAGCGAACGAUCCUCAUGUUCAAAGUCUAAAUCGAUGGUCGAAUGAUUAUGAUCAAUAUCCUUCUCACUCAGCUGCAAUGGAUCAACAAUAUGCUCCUUAUGAAGGGAAUAAUUACCAGCGAAUCGAUGAUCAGUAUGCAUCUAAUCAACUCUCACCUGAUUAUGACACUGUUAAAGGUUAUAACAACUACAGACAAGAAGAUAUUCCUUAUUGGUCAAACCAAGAUACUUCUUUUCCUGUUGAUGAAUAUCCUCAACCAGCAAUUCAUAACCUGAAUAAACAAAGCAACUAUCCUGAUAAAGAUAGCAUAUAUGCUCAACAGUUGGCAAGAACUGCUGAUCAAUAUCCCGAAAUUAAACAUCAUAUAAUGCACAAACCUCCAGAUCCUGCACCGGAAACUUCACAGCAAAAUAGGGCAUCUGAGAAUGAAGGUUACAAACCACAUAGAGUCGCUUUGGAAAGACAGCAACCUUAUUUAACAUAUGACGAUGUUUUGCAAAAACAACUCUACCCUGAGAUGAAGCCUAAAAGUUACCCUACUCGGAAUAUGGAAGAUUCUGUUUACAAUAGUGAUGAUCUUAUUAGAGCCAGUUUAGUUAAUCAGAUACCAAUGGAAAUGGAUCAUUCUUAUCAGUAUAAGAGCAAGCAUUCGGGAGAAUCAUCUAUGCCUCACGAAUCUGAGAAAUCUAAAAACAGUCAUGAAAGUGAAAAAGGAAAGGAGCUUGCUAAAGAUUCCUUGAUUAUUGUCAAACCAACAAGUCCACCGAAAUCUGUGCAACGGACUGUUUUGGAUUUUAAAAUGUCUGUGACAGAGCUGUAUCAGUCUAGUAGAAUACAUAGUCAAGAAGCUAACAGUGCAAUUCUUGCUUUAGUUGUGGGCUUAACCAUAACAUUCCUUCUCUUUGUUUUCCUUGUUUGCAGAGUAAAAACAAUACGCAAAAGGAUGUCAAAAAAAGGACGAGCUUUAGCACAUGAUGCAGAUUACCUUGUGAAUGGCAUGUAUUUGUAAUUUAAAUUUGUGAUGUUACAUUAGAACUUUUUGGGAUUUUAACAUGAGUAAUUAAUUUUAUUUCAUAUGAUUUUCAAUCAUUUAAGAGGACGCCAUACUGUAGAAGAAAAUUUUCCUCGCAAAUUCUCUUUUUCCUUCUACUAAUUUAAAACUUAAAGUGAGUUCCGACAAACCUAGAGUAAGCCUUGAAGUUUCAAAUACGAAUAAGAAUAAGAGAAAAUUUUGAAAUAUGUAAAUGAAAAUAAAUUUUGAGAAGAUAACUUAGAUUAACGCAAUGGUGAAGUUCACUUCCAAUAAUUUGUUUGCAUUUUAAUAUUUUGAACUAUUUUUUUCAGCAACUUCAUGACUUAUUGUAGGCGUGCCUGAACUUACUUUUUCUUUCUUCCAAAUUUUAAAUUAGUAAUGAAGGAUAAAGAGAAUUUGCAAUGAUAAUUUUCUUCCGCGGUAUGGCGUCCUCUUAAGUGUUUUUGUUCUAUGUAAAUAUGCGCAAGUAUCUGCAUUUAUGCCAAGAAAAUUAUAUUUCCAUUAGUUUGAGGUCCAAAGAUAAAUUAUUAUCGCAAAUAGAUUUUAAAUACUUCAUUAUGUUAACUUAUUUGAGAAUUUUUAAUUAUUAAAAUUGUUAAAUUUCUAACUAUGUAAGACAUUUUCGUAAACUGAAGUUUAAAUUAGAGCUUGAGGAGAUGACAUUGGAAAAGAUGUAAGCGAUAACAAUUGAGGCAUACCUUUGAUUUGAGGAGCAGUGUAAAGGAGUUAAGUGCUUAGGUUGUGUCUUUUGUACUCUGUUUAACGACAACUGGUAGUAAAAACAAACCAGACACUUGGCAAUACUUUUGGCUGAUUUGUGCCGGGUUAUGACAAUUGGAUCUUAUCUGACUUAAAGUUAAAAGGAAAAGAAUUGCGCACUCAAUGGGGUAGUUAUAGAAAUGGACUAUGUUUUGCAAAAAACCGCAAAACUUUAGAAUAUUUCCACUAUCGCUUCUUGCUAAACAGAGUAUAGUAACUUGCAGCCUUUUUUUCCUCCUGUGCAAUUUUCUUAUUGGCACAUGGCUCCUUUACAAUGUUUAGCUCCCUUUUAAUGUGACUCCUAUUCAUCUCUUUUUCAUAUGUAAAAA